AUGUCGACCGAUAGUGAUGACCUUGACGAGGACGAGCUGCUCCAGAUCGCGCUGAGGGAGCAGGCGGAGAGAGACCUGAGUUACAACAAGCGGUCCAAGGGUGGGCGGCCAGUCGUCAACCUCGUCCAGCCCCCGCCGCCUCCCCCCUUCAUGGCGAACAGCAGCCAGAGGAAGGCCAAUUCGACGUCGAAUUCCGCUGUCAGGAAGGCGCAGCAGAAGCCGCAGAGAGGCCGUACGGAGGCUGACGAGGACUCGGAGGUCGAGCUUCUCAGUAUCUCAUCCGGGGACGAGGACAACACCAGGGGUAGGGGCCCUCCGCCGAAAAGUCGAGGGGCUGUUGGGGAAAAGAAAGGUGGGAAAGGCGAUCUCGGAAAUGGUUAUCCCGUUUGGGAUGGUGAUGAGCCAGCCAAUUGGAAACGGGUCGACGAAGCAGAGGUAUUUCUUGUUUUACGUGGAUAUUUUGUUGCAUCACGGAUUUAUUCAAUAAUUUGGCUCGCGCCUCGCGAGUGGUAACGUUAUUCUGCAUUUAUGCAGCAUCUCUAUAACUAUCGUUACAUUUUUCUCCCUUCCACUGUUUAUUUUAACUACCAGUCGGAACAAGUCUACGUAUUUUUUCUAUUAAUGCAGGUUUUAUAUCAUCGUUAUUAGCUCUUUUAAAAAUCAGUUAAUAUCGUACGAAUAUUCAAAUGUGUUAUCAUAUAUCAUCCAUUCUGAUCAGCACCACUUUUCUUACACGAAAUGCCUUUUUUUUCAUUAUUUCUUUAAUGUAUAAGAACAUUUCUUCUCUUUCCUGUAUAGAUUUCCCGGCUAUAGUCUUUGACUCCCCAUUUUACGUCAAAAUUUUGUAUAUCGAGGAGUUAAAAAAAAAUAUUUUGCUGAAUCAGGAAAAUAAUAGAUGCAGUUUGUGUCACAGUGUAUCUUUUGCUGAGUCUUGAUUAAUGGCCUUUUGGACACGAUUUGAGUGGAUUUUCGGGUUAGUUGACGACUGUGCAAUUCAAUCUUUAUUAUUGACUUCGUGUUAGCGUUUCUUGGUCCAAGACUACAAAAAACUCUGAUACUUAGUAUUUAACGGGUAUUACUAUCCUUCACUUUGAAAACUUUCGAUGUUCAGCGCCCUGCUAUUCCUUUGAAAAUAAUCAGUCAGUUACUUUCUAAGUAACAUAUGCAGAGAAGUAGUGACCGAAGAUGAUGUUAAGAAGGCAUAUGCAUGCAUGUUGGUACGCAUAUCAGUUGUCUGUCGUGUUAGCUGAUUCUGAUUGUUGAUCUAGUUCAAAGGAGGCAACCUCUGUCGUAUUUUUAAAAUUUGUUGGGCAUAACUUGUCAAUUCUUGGUUGACCCAGUUAGUCUUCCAAUCCGUUUGUGGGAACCAUGACAUGUAUGCAUAGGAAACUGAGGCAAUGUUGAAGCAUUAAAUAUUUACGGUUUCAAGAAAAGAAGGGGCAACUGAUGGAAUUUUUUAGAACAUGAUCCAAUCGUGGAGUUGCUGCUAAGGCAAUUCCCCAUGCGAUUAAUAGCUAUCAAAGUUGGAAACUCAAGAAAUUUGAGCCUUUAUUCAUAUGAAAAGCCUGAUUUAUAUAUCACACUCUCUUUUCAUGUUAUACGUAAGUAAAUAGGUUUUUUCUCUGCUUCUUUUUUAUUUAAGAUAAAAAUUUACCUUCAUAAUAUCAAUUUUAUAUGUUUUUUCUGUAUAUUAUCCACAAUUCAUAAUAUUUUUUUAAUAUUCUUCAUUUCCAUGGCAUUAUCAAAAUUUCUGCUGUGUAACAGACAUGGAGAACCUUUAUUGGGAGAUUCACAUUCGUUUUUCUUUUUUAUCCUAAAGCUUGCUCGCAGAGUCCGUGAAAUGAGAGAAACAAGAGUAGCACCUGUGGUUUCAGUUUUAGAAAAGAAAGCAUCGACAUUGGGUCCAAAAGUGCUUGCCAGCUUACAGUCCAUGCCUCGAGGAAUAGAAGCUCUGGAUCCCCUUGGACUGGGGUAGAGCUUCUGGACCUUUGCUAAUUUCGCAUGUUGCAUUUGAUGAUCAUGAAUGCAGUUUGGGUGCUUGUAUGUUGCAGAUGCCAAAAUUAUUGGGUGUGACCUUGUUUAUGCCAUUAUUUUCUGUUUGAGGUGUUGUAUAGAGGUGUCUUUUGAUCUCUCUCUUGUAAUGUAGUAUUUUCUUUUAACUGUCUUAUUGUUUCUCAUUCAUUGUUUCACACAUCCAGAGGAAUGAACUUGUUUGUCUCCAUUGCCAUUUAAUGAGAGUUGCAGACAUAAUGUCAAACUGGUUACAUCUUAGACUGCCUUUGCCAAGUUGGUUUAAAUGAAGAAUGAGGAUUCUACACAAAUGAUGCGAUUGAUCUUCAUAAAACUCUAGUGAGCAUAUUUCAUUGAAAUUAAAAUUUAUGGAAAAAUUGAGCUGAACAUGUACUGCAGAGAAAUAGAGAAAGAAAGGACUGUUAAGAAAAAGAGAUCAGAGGGAUAAGGUAAAGAAUACAGACCCGGAAAAGCCGGUUGUAGAGAUGGACACAUAAGAUAACUUAUUGACUUACUGAAAAUCCCUGACAUUUUCCAUUCUCUAGCUGAAGAUCAUGUUGGCAGACUGUUAGGACAUAUUUGCUGAAUCUUUAUUAUUGAUAUGUUGCUUUGAGUCAAUGAGUCUAAGCCUGGUGUCACUGUGGACGUCUCCCUAAAGCGUUUUUUAACGUUACUGCAUUAAAGCUCUCAACUCUCUAUCUUGUACGAUGAGUUUUCUAGAUACGGUGAUGCGGGUAUACAAUUUGUGGGCAAAAAAUUAGCCACAAGAAAAUCGUGAUAUUACCCUUCUUAUCAAGUGAACGAGUUUUACGUGAAGUAAAUGAAUAGGCUCUCGAGAUAGGAGGUUCAAAGCAUAUUAGAUAGGCUCUGCUCUAAAGUUGGAUAAUAGAUAUACUAUUAUAUAUAUUUUUUUCAUUGAGUAGUAUCUCCUAUGCUUAUGCAUUUUUGCUGCGAAUUGGCAGGAUAAUAGAUAGCAGGACAUUGACAUUGAUCACUGACGAUUCAGAAAGCACCCCAGUUAGCCUUAAAGCCAAGGGUGACAGAGAUACUCUAGAUCCAAGCAUCCGUGGUAUGUAAUUUUUUUGCCUGCUUUUUGGUUUAAUAUAUGAAGAAAGAAUAUAAGUGACCUAGAGUUAAAGCGUGAGUUUCUUAUAUCAUUUUAAUCAUCUUUAUGAGCUUAAAUACGUCAUUAGUAAUGUCUGCUCCUAGUUUCUCGUUGUCCCUGAUGCUCCUUUUGUCCUACAUUUCAUUUUUUGCAGAAACAAUUAUGUACUACUCUGAAAAUUUUGAUGCAAGGGUCUUCUUGUCUCGAGUACACAAAGAUACAAGCUCUGCCGACCUUGAGUCUGGUGCACUCACAUUAAAAACAGAUCUCAAAGGAAGAACACAGCAAAGGAAGCAAUUAGUCAAGGAAAACUUUGACUGUUUUGUGUCCUGCAAAACCACCAUUGAUGGUAUGUUAUUACCUGAACAUUAUAUAGCCGCCAACUACAUUAUUACAAGUGAGUUUAUUAUGUUGUCUGUUUUCCGCUUAUUUUUUAGAUUUUAAUGAUUUUUCAAGAUGUUCAGGCACAAAUUCACAUGGUUCUGUUGUUAAUGCGCACACAGUUCCUGUAAUCAUGUACUUUGUUAACCUCUGCAGAUAUUGAGUCAAAGUUAAGACAGAUAGAGGAGGAUCCCGAAGGUUCAGGAACCACCCACCUUUGUACUGCAAUACAAAAUACCAGUUUGCUGGCAAACCGUGCUUUUCAGCCUCUUUUUGAGAGACAGGUAUAAAGACAAAACAAUCGUUUUCUUCCUGUAGUCCUAUGAUACUAUCUAUUGUCUCAUAUGACAUCAUGUUCUCGUUGUACAAAUUCAGGUUCAAGCUGAAAAAAUCAGAUCUGUGCAAGGAAUGCUUCAAAGAUUUAGAACUCUCUUCAAUCUGCCUAGUGCAAUUCGUGGGAACAUAAGUAAGGGUGAAUACGAUUUGGCUGUCAGAGAGUACAGGAAGGCGAAGUCUAUUGUUCUCCCCUCUCAUGUAUGUCACCAAUGAUCUGUGUAGUUUUCUUUCCUUGGUUAGUUUCCCUUUUUCAUUAACUUUUUUUUCAGAUUAUCUUUAUUCAUCUUUUGGGUGCGUUAUUUAUAUCUUCAACGGUUAUUUUUUGUUGUGCCUUAUGAACACUUGCCUCGUUUUAUUCUAUCUUGUCAUCAAGACGAGGUUAUUAGCUGGUUACUUCUUUCGUCGUUAAAUGAUUUACAAUUUUUUUAUUUUUCUGGCAAUGUUGCAUUACAUAUUUAAUUUUGAUCCUCAGUUGAAUUCCGGAAUUAUCAGAUGAAUGUGUUUCUGACUUUCCGACAUUGUUUUAUUUAUUUUGUUGAGUAAUUUAUUAUUUUUGUUCUUUGUGUUUGUUGAGUGCCUAGGUAGUAAGAACAAUAUCUAACUAUAUUUUUUUUGGCAUUCAGGUGGGAAUACUAAAACGUGUGCUUGAAGAGGUUGAAAAGGUGAUGCAAGAGUUUAAGGCAAUGCUCUAUAGAUCAAUGGAAGAUCCACAGCUUGACCUUGCUGAUGUAUGUCGCUUCAUUUUAUUAUAAGUAUCAAACCAAGUAAAGCUCAUCAUGCAAGUUAGUCAAGCGUUUUAGUGUUAAUUCACUUUUCAAGUGUUAUUAUGUCCUAUGCCAUGAAUUUUAUAUUCUUUAGCACAUUUUCAGCUCCCUAAACAUGUGCUAAGUGUUGUGACAGUGGACCGAGGUUUAUACUCUACCAGAAGACAAGUUCUCAAAUAUAAUGGCUAAUGAAGAUGACAACCAUACGCUUGAUGACUGAGGAACGUGGAUCUUUGUUACAAUUCAUGAGAGCAUAAUCCGAAGAUCUCAUAUAGAUAAUAAUAUUCUUAUAUUGUCAUUUUAGAGAAUUAUUAUGAUUAUCACUAAUUCUAACGUUAUCUCUGAAAAUAAAACUUUGUUCCUCAAACUAGGAUUCAGAAAUUAGACCCUGAUUCCUCUUCUUUAUGCAAAUAUUUUGGUUAAAUUAACCAGAUUAUCAUACAUAGAUCGUAUUUCUUUUUAUUGCUCUACUUGGAUUCUCAGGCUUGCUCAUGUAGCCUUUUCUUAAGGAUUUUCAUUUCUCUCGGAAAAUAGAAUUCUUAACAACUAUUACUUAUCGAUCACCAUUUAUUCUUUCAGCUUGAAAACACUGUCCGGUUGCUGUUGGAGUUGGAACCGGACUCAGAUCCUAUCUGGCAUUUUCUCAAUAUUCAGGUUCUAGCUAGGGAGCUGAUUUCUAUUUCUGUUCACGAACUUAUUGAUGCAUAAUACUUCCCAGGUUCUCUAAUAUUUUUCUCGUUAAUGUUUUUUGAGUUCAAAGUUUUUGGUCGAUCUUUUUGGAUGUCUCUUUUUACAGAAUCGUAGGAUUCGUGUUCUUCUCGAGAAAUGUACUUCAGAUCAUGAAACACGAAUGGAAAUGCUCCGGAAUGAAAUAAAGGAGAAAGUGCAGGCUGAUAUGAGAUGGAGAGAACUUCAACAAAAUUCAAAGAAGACGGUAAGUUCUUCACAGUUGAUGAAUUUCAGUUUUUAUAUUGCAAUGUUUAAUGCUGUUUAUCUUAAUGUGCGGACUAUUUAUUUCUUGUUAGAUUGGUCUAUCAAUCAAAUACAAGCCUUAUUCUACGUGUCUGAGAUUGUUCAAAAAAUUAAAGAUCGUAAGAAGGGUCGAAAAGAAGUAUUGGAGAACACUUUUCUAAGUGCAGCCUUAUGUCACCCUACAUACUUCGCUGAAUACACACUUUCUAAGAAAUCAUCUUGAAUGGAAGACCCUUUAGUCACAAAUUCGGUAUCUGGUUGGGGAAAUUUUCAUCUAGAAAAGCUUUAGAAUAUACAUAGAUACAACAAAUAUAUGAUGUCUACUACAAUAUAUAUGUGCACCUGUCUACUACAGUGUAUAUGUGCACCUAUGUGUCCUCAAAAGUGUAAGACAAUCAUAAGAAAAAAAUAAAAUUCUGGUUUGUAAGUUACAGAUUCAUAUUGCAUGAAAGGAAUGCUUGAUUUAUUAUUCUGAAGUCAACAGCCUUGGUUUUACUCUUCUACAUUUUCAGGCCCUCAGCUACUUCUAAUAUCAAGUCAGUAUCAGUAACUUUUAAUCAUUUUUCUAGUCUCUCUUUCCUCGUGGUAUCAUUAACAUAAAUAACCAUACUCUAAUCACACACGCUAGUGUAGAAACGUUGACAUUCCUUGGUAUCUUUCUCUAGAAUUCUCACUUUGGCAAAUUUAUCAUUCAUAUGCAUAUUAUGUUCCAAACCUUCUCUCCAUGCGGCAAAUCAACUUAUAGAACUAUUUACUAGAAAAUUCGAUCAAGUAAAAGAUGCUCGGAUAUCAUACUAGAUUCCAGGCAGGGUUAUAUUGUUAUAUACUCUUUUUGCUCGUUGUUAUACCUAGGCAUACUGGUGUUGGAAAAUGUUUCUUGUUACCUUGACAAAAACAUAUUAUUCCUUCAAAUGAAUGUCUUAUCAAUGUUAAAUGUUCUUGUCUUUAUUCCUUACCUUCAUUCUCCCCGUCUGACGUGGACCCAUCCUUUUCUGGGAUGCCCAGUCGCCAUCAGAUGCCUCUCUAGACUUUACUAAUGAAGAAGUUGAUGCUCUGAGGGGAGGAUAUAUCCGCAGGUUAACAGCAGUACUUAUCCACCAUCUCCCAGCAUUUUGGAAGCUGGCUCUUUCCGUCUUCAAUGGGAAAUUUGCGAAGGUAGUUUAUCUUUCCUUAACGUGUUAACUUUCAAAGUACGUGUACUUUGAUGAGUGUUUUUGGCUACUUAUUUCUACAUAUUUGGGCAUGCGAUUUACUUUUUUGUUUACGCUUUGUACCUUGAGAUAUUUGGGUUUUAUCUCGCUCGAGGUGCAUAUCUGAAUUUAUUUACAUGCUGGCAGUACAAUGCUCUCAUAUAAUCUUUUCUACAAAAAAUAUAUACCUACGCCAAUAUUAAGAUUGUCUUUGAUUGGAAAAUCAAUUCCUUCAAUUUCCUUUCUAUCUGAGCUAACUAAGAACUUAAGAAUUUUUUAAGUGUAUAAAUCCCGUGAUUUACCUGAUGCCUACUAUUCAUUUUUCUAUUCGAUGUAAUGGCCAGGUUUCUGUUGGUAAUGCCCUUGAUCAAGAAACAAGUGUCAAAACGGCCAUAAAUAGGGCAGAGGAAAGAGCCAAUGAAAUGAAGUACUUAAACCAUUCUAUUGAGGAAGUUGCAGCAAUGUUCCAUGGUACUCUGUCUGCAUACGAGGGCAAGGUUAUUUUUUCUAGUCCUCUUAAUUUUUCUUGCUUCCUGUCAUUUUUCUUGUUAUUUUCUAGAAUAAUCUGAUGUUGAUUAAUGCAAAAGUAAACGUACAUUUGCAAGAAUAUGUUUAUCACGCACAUGACCAAUUGAUUUUGAGUAGAUUAGCUUUGAACAAAAUACCUUUGGUUGAUAUCAUAGUUAGAUGGUUAAUCUUGAGUUGCACACGUUCCUAUAAAUGUCUACGUAGCAAAGUCAACAAAGUGGUUUUGCAUGUGAGACGAUGUAUUGAAAUAUUCUAGUUUUAUAAAAGGAAUCAUGCUAUCUUAACGCUGAGUCUACUCUUUUCAUAGAUUAAAAUUCUUGAAGAAAUGAACCAUAUUCAAACUCUUUGGCAAAUGAACAACCUUGCUUAUUCUCUUCUAGCUGAAAGGCUUGAUUUUGACCAUAUUGGAUUGUGAAGUUUUCCAUAGAGAAGUUAAUGGAUAUAUCGUUUUAGCCCACCCAUCCGUUCUUGCCUAUCCUCUAGCGAAAGGGUCAUUCUAAAAUAAGGAUAAUUUAGUCAUUUUCUUCUUGAGUUCCUUGCUAAUCAUGAUCAUUAUGGUUGAUCUUUACGUCUAAUGUAUUUAAUGGAAUGACUAAAUAAUAAGGAUAACGUUCCUUUUAAGAACCUAACUGCGUAAUUAGUAGUAUUUAACUUUCUUCGUUGCUUUCGUACUUGGGGUGUGUCCUUUUAAUACAGAAUGGUAUACAGAGUUAACAGAUCUCAACCAAUAAAACUGUAUUUGUGGCUACACAAACUGUAGAGGGUAGUCCUAGAUCUGGACCAAGAUAACCUCGUCUAGGGUAUUUAUUAAAAACGUAAAAUUCGGAAUAUGGUAAAGUACCUCCGGGCUUGGGACUACUCUUAGAAACUUAAAUGUUACUUUUUGUUGUUCUCUAGUAUUUUAAUAAGGUUUUGUUGACUUUAUUAAUAUACGCUCUUUUCUCAAAAUAUUAAUCCAUUAGCUCACAAUUUUUCUCAUUACUUGACAAAUUUUCUUGUGGGUCUAGUGCAAUAUUGUCUGAUUAUUUCAACAUUUAACUGGAAUCAGUUAUUUCAUCAUUCUAAGAACGAACGAAUCUAAUCUUCUUUUCAAUUGAAAAAAAAGUGACCAAUUCCUGCCUGUAUCUACUUUUGGAUGAAAAAUAUCGAAGAGUGGCGCAAGAGGGUCAAAGAGGUGGAUGGAGACAAGGAAAUAAAUGUUUCACUUCUUGCUGCACAUCCAUUUGGUACAAGUUUCCCCUGGUCCAAUUUCCUGCUCUGACGAGAUCAAGCUUAGACUACAGGAGUCUUUGGGGAUUGGAGUUGUGUUUUUUUUUGGAUACUUAUUGUACUAUUCUCUUGAUUUUGGCCUUCUUAACUAAAAAUCUUAGGCAUAUAUUUUAAACUUUUAAAUGUACCUGUAACAUUUUUGCCCAUUUCAGCAUUUCCCCCUGGCCAACUUGGCCCAUCUGAUCAUAGUAUGGAACUAAUUGGACGUGCUCAGCCUGGUUGUCUGACCCACUUCAGACUAUGUUAUUUUGAAUUAGAUCCUCCUAGGACCCCAAGAAGGCGAUAAAUAUGAACAUAGAUUAAGCAAGGUGAAACAAAGGAAGGACGAUCACAAACGUGAACAUUGAAUUAAUGUAGUUUGGAUAUCCUGCAUCCAUUACCACAUUAAGCCUACCAUGCCAGAUGAGUAGUACAAGAAACAAGAGAGGAUGGAUUCCUUUAAAUAUGUGAAGGCUAAGGCAACACUCCCAAGGCCCCAGUAAAGUCAUAAAUAUUAAAGUUAGGACGAAACAGGGAGUUGAGUUUACCCGGGAUGUUCAGUUUUGCUGGUUUUGAACCCAGAAACACAAGAACUGGCAAAAACCAGGCUUAGAACCAAUUGAAGUUGGAGUCUGGUCAGAAUAUCCUUGUCCUGUUAAAAGGUUGUUACGAGCCACAAGCGAUACUUGGACCUACCAAGUUCAUUUUCCUUUUAUUAGAAGUUUGACUUGUUUGGAUAUGAUGCAUGAACUUGAUUUUUAUCUUUGUUACGUGUUCAAGGCAUUAGAUGUCUUCUUGGCAUUCCCAUGCGUUGGGAUAUCAGGUGUCUUUAAACCUGUUUCAGCAUUUCUUCUCUUAAGUCGUGUAUGCUUACAUUAUAUGAGGCUUGUGCAUCUGAACGUUAUUUAUAUCGUGGUCUAUAUUUUUCAUAUAGUGACAGCAGUUUAAGUUCCUUUUCUUGACUCAGGUGCACACUACAUUUAGAGAUUUUCAAGAGUCAAAUGUUCUUCGUCCAUACAUGAGUAAUGCUAUAAAAGAAGUAGCGAAAGCAUGCCAAUCUAUCGAAGUGAAAGAGUCUGCUCCACAAAAUGCAGGUAGUUAUGUAUCUUUAUCGCGUGAAGACUGACAAUCAGCUCGAUCCUCAAUGCAAUUUAUUGACUUUGGCAGUUAAAUCUGUACGUGCCCUUCAUUUUGAGAUUGCGAAGAUUUAUGUAUCAAGGCUGUGCUCAUGGAUGCGGGCAACUACUGAAGAGAUAACAAAGGAUGAAACAUGGAUUCCUUUGUCUAUUUUGGAGAGAAACAAAUCACCAUAUAUGAUUUCUUGCUUGCCCUUGGCUUUCCGUAGCAUUGUUGUGUCCGCUAUGGAUCAAAUCAGUUUGUAAGCUCUACAUGCUUUUCUCCUCUCCUUACGUUUUUUAUUGGGCUCAUUAGGCUUAUUAUUUUUGUAAAUUUGUGCUAGUCGGUAUUCAUUAUAAUAUAUCUUCUAUAGUGCUUGCUUUCGUUAUGUUUGGUUGGAACCUUGUUAAAAUGGUAACGUAAUAUUCAUUCUAUAUAUCGAAAAACCAGGUUAGCCAUCAUGCUACUUCUUUGGAAUGAAAAUCAAAUGCAUCAUGGAUGUAUAGUUAUCAUGGGUUGCUGCCUCUAUUUUAUCUGUGAUGAAUCGUAUAACGUGGUUUGAUUUUUGAGUUUCAAAGUCAUACUGUCUGAGGACUGCGCAAGUCAGUCCCCUUUUACCAAUAUCUGGUCAAUCGUAUUCACCCUGUGCCGUUUCACAUGAGUUGCAGAAGCAUGGGCCAAUCCUGUUUAGUUUAUGUUAGGCUCAUUCGAGUCCGAAUAGUAGAUUCAAAUGUUACCGGGCCAUAAAAGCACCAAACAAUAUCUGGACACUAAUAAAUCUCCGAAAAAUCCUUUAUAGUUUGUUUAGAUACAGACAUAUUAACAAAAAAAUGGUGGAUCUACAACUUGGAAAUAUUUAAUUAUUAUUUUUGCAAUAUAAAGGGGAUUUUGGAUCUGAUUCUUCCGAUGUAUUCUGUCUCAUAAGAAUCCUUCAUAUUUGACAAGAAAAUCUAUUUGUGGGUUUUUUUUCGUCAUGCAAUACGUCAAAUGGUUGGAGAUGAUUUUUAAAUGAUUGGACAUCUUGGAUCCGUUAAUUUGAAAGAGAUCCAAAUAGAUCCAGGAAAUUUUGGAAAUUUUAGUUUUUUUAAAAAAAUCUAAAAGUAAAAACAUUAAGGUGAAAAAUAUGGUAUUCUUAGUAUCAUCCAUGUCAAAUAUGGAUCUAUACAAAUAGGUGGCAAUGAAAGAUGCAUUUCGUUGGUGAUUGACUAAUGCAUAUGUGCUAGUUUUUCACUUUUGAAGGGCAAAAAGUCUCUGUGUCCAAGAAAAUACAUGUCUGCCUAGAUGUUCUCCUGUUAUCAAUUCUCUUUUUGUCUGUAUGACUCUUAUUUAUAGCCUAACUUUUUCUCCUCGGUGUAGCUGGCGUAAUUAUUUAUUCUCAUUUAGUUCAAGAGAAGUAUUACAACCCUAAAAUUCUUAUGAAGUUGUUUUCUGUUUGUAAUAUUGUGGAUCACAUUCCUGUUUGUAUACCAUUCUGCUUCCUGAAUCUUGAAGCCAAGAGUUCAUUGCUUCUCGUUUUGAUUCUCCCCUUUUGCUGUAGGACGAUUCAGAUUCUAAGGAAUGAGACAACAAAAUCGUUUGAGAUGUUCACAGAGGUUCAGGACAUUCAAGACUCUGUGAGAAGUGAAUUCUUAGGUUGUUUCGUGGAUUUUGCAGGUACCACUUUUCAAAACCCCCAUCAUUAAUGUCAUGCAUUGGAUUUUUCCAUUAAACUGCUAAGUUGAUAUGCUUUUGAACUUACGUACUCCAAUCAGGCUAUCUGGAGCAGAUUGGAGUUGAACUUUCUGACAGGUCAUCAAUUAAAGAAACUUUACAUCUGGAAGAUAGAUAUCUGUGUGAACCGGAAGGUCAUGCUGGAAACUCUGUCUCUGAUCCGUAUAAAAUGCUGUUAAUUAUCUUGAGCAAUGUCGGUUAUUGCAAAGAUGAACUUUGUGGCGAGUUGUAUGGAAAGUACAAACAUAUAUGGCUGCAAUCUAGGUAUGGUUCUAUGAUGGAACAUUGUCGCUUGCGUUUGAAUCUGGAAUUAACUAUGCGCAAAAAUACUGACUUCUCAGUUUAAGAGUUUAAAAUGCUUUAAAAAUCGAUGUGAGAAAGCUGUAAUUUAAUUGGUUUGACUCUUUGGAGCUUGAGACUGAUUCAUAAGUUCGCUCAGACAAUCAGAACCCAUUUGACGUUUAUCAACUUUCAUUUAUUUUUGUAUCUGAAGUAUAUUAUGUAUCAAAAUGUCGACAAUAUGGAUUGCUAUGCUAUGCCUUUGUCAAAGUCUGUACUGAUGCAUGAAAGUAACUAUUGGUUUUUUGGGAUUACAUGUAAAUGUUUCAUUCCAAGAAAAAAAGUCAACUUGUUCUGUCUUAGUUGCACAGGGCUUGUGCAAUGCAAACUAAAACUUUGAGAAAUGGUUUAAGGUCAACUCUGUUUUCUCUCUUGUUCACGUUCUCCAUAAUUUCCACGGUAUAAGGUAUCUGUGGAUUCCUCAUUAUCUUUCGUUUCUCUAUAUGCAUUCCAUACUGUCAGUUGAACAACUACAUGCAUUGAAAUGCGUGGUAGGUUACUCUCUCUUCAGUUUGUGAAGAUGUUAGCAUCUUUUCUUCCUUGAUUUUUUUAUCAUUAAAUCGAAUAAUUAUUUUUCUUAGACAGUUAUUAUUGCAACCUCUAGUUAUUUAUUACUUAUGUCCUUGUACCUAAAGAGGUGGUAAAUAAUUUCUAUUUAAAAAACAAUCAAACAUACUGUUAAGUUUUGUUUGGAUGGUUUGAAAACAGUUUUAAACUCAGUUUAGACUCUCGGAAAUACACCUCUUAUAGUAGUCAAUUAAGCUAUUGGAAAUGAGACUGGAUUAGUUUAUGUUAAUUAUGGUGUUACGCGUAAUUGUAAUGAUGUGGAUAUAGAAAUUCAGGUCCUGAAAUUACAUGACUUCCUGAUUCUUUAAAAUGUUCUCGUUUUCAAACUUAAUGUUAUGUCAGAAAUAGAAGGGGUAGAAUUAGACACAGUGCGUAAAACCCUCUUCUCAGUUGUUUAUAUGUGGAAAAAUGAGUUCAUUAUGAGACCUAAAAUGGGCAUAUAGGGCCCAACUUCGAAAUGAUUCGUUACAUCUAAUAGUGGGCCUAUUAGAUGCAUAUUCUCAUGAACCAUCUAACGACAUCUGUCGCAUUUAAUUAGGACAGAUGAUUUUUUUUAUUUCGAACAUCAUUCUAUCAUUAUUCGAAUUGGUUUUGGUUAGUGUGGUUUAAUUGGGGUGAGAGAUGAAUCAGUAUGCAGGCUUCCAAAAAAUAUUUUAUUUAUUGUCUCUUUUUCGCUCUCUGUUGUAUUUUCUGAAAUCUGUUGAUACUGCAGGGAAAUCGACGAACAGUAUUCUGAUGUACGGGAUCUUGUAAUGUCAUUUUCAGCACUAGAAGAGAAAGUUCUUGAGCAAUAUACUUAUGCAAAGGUAUUAUUAUUUUAUGUUCUCCGACUUGUUGCGGCAGAUUCGUCCGCUUGAUAUUGAUGUACACAUGGACAUUGGCUUCCACUAGUCACUAGAGAAUGCAUCGUGUAAAUUGACUAUCUUUCAAAGUCCAUCCAUGAUUCCUGAUUGUAAACAAAAUUGGAAAAUAAAAAAAUCGCGAGAAACAGGAGAAGGUGAAGUCCAUCUGUUUUAUGUUGAACUUUAAUCGGCUAUAAAAUUUUUAAUUUUAAUUUUUGGAAAAUCUCAAUCAUUUAUUCCGCUGUGGCAUGGAUAUACUGCUCAGAAAUAUUUGAAAUAAUAUCCUUUCUUCACACUCUCUGGAAAACGUCGGAGAGAGUUCCAUAGUGAAGUAGCAUGACUGUUCAGCAGUUGGCAUAUUUCCAUAGUGAUCACCAUCAAGAAGCAAGGGGAUACCAAGAUUAGGUCGCUUUUAACAUUGCUGAAUGUUAGAAUUUAUUUCCAUAGACGGACUUUGCUAUUGCUUUGCAUUUUAUUUUUUUAAAACCUGCGCACGCUGUCUUUGCCGGUCUCUUAAUCCUAUACUUUUGUUCAUUUCUUCAGGCGAACUUGAUCAGAAAUGCUGCUUUGGGCUAUUUAUUAGAUUCUGGAAUUCAAUGGGGAACAGCACCUGCAGUGAAGGUUAAAAUGGGGUUAAAUUGAUGGAUUAUUUCUUUCAGUUAUCUUCUGCUUGAAUAAGAUUUACUGAUGUUUCACUCCAGGGUGUCCGAGACAAAACUCUUGAGCUGUUGAGCUCCCUGGUGUCUGUCCAUGCAGAGGUACCAGAUGUUUGUUCACAUUGAUCUCUCAAAUUUUGAUGGUUUUUAUUGUCUUAUUCACCGAAGUCGUCUUCCAUCAUACAGAAAUUUCCCACUGGGUUCCGGUGCCAGCACACUGUAUUUCUCAUGAUUUUUUCCUCUCCUCUGAGGCUACUAACUUAGUUGAGACCAUUAAGCAACUUUUCAAUGCUCAUGAAUUGCGAGGGAACCGAGAUGGGGGGCCCUGACGCGGGCUUUGACUUUAGGUUUGAGAUAUAGGUUUGAAUUUAUGUUGCAGACGCUCAUCAAAAUCAUGUGCGGUUUAUCUUGGGUUAAUCUGAUUCAUAUGUAAUCCUGUGUGUGUGUGGAGUGGAGCUUUAGGGAAUCAGUUAAUAUGUUGAGUUUUUUGGAUCAAAGUGUGACUUGAAUGGAACUACGUAGAUCAAUUAUAAGUGGACUUAACUGCAUACUUCACUAUGAGUCCGAUUUAUCUUAAUUUAAAAAAAUGAAGGAGGGUCAAUUUAAAGCAAUCCUCCCCUGCAGGUUUCUUGUGGUGAUAAGCCGCUGCUGGAGAAGACAUUGGGCAUUUUAGUGGAGGGGCUCUUUGACACAUUUCUCAAUAUUUUCCAUGAGAACAGAGAAAAGGAUCUGAAGGCGUUGGAUGCAAAUGGUUUCUGUCAGCUCAUGCUUGAGGCGAGAUUCUCUCUCUCUAUAUAUAUCUCUAUAUCUCUCUCUCUCUCUCUAUCUAUCUAUGUAUCUAUCUAUCUAUCUAUCUAUCUAUCAUUAUAUACAGAAACAUUUGUGUUUGUAUAAUAUUUGCACAAUUUACUUGGUUCUCUUUUUCUCCCUAGAAAUAACCCGUGUUUUCCGACCCUGCAGCUUGAAUAUUUCGAGACUGUUCUGCACACAUACAUCACUCCCGAUGCGCAGGAGACUCUAAAGUCCCUACAGGGAUUUCUGCUGGAGACGGCCACCGAGAGUGUGGCCGAAGCCAUUGAGAACCCAGGGCAUCAUAGACGGCUGACUCGUGGGAGUGAAGAUGCAAUGGCGGACGACAAGCUAUCAACUGUCUCUCCGGACGAUCUGAUCGUAAGAUUAUAUCUACUUUUCUGUCAAUUACAUAAUUUUUUAUUUUAUUUUCUGGAUUAAGGCGGGGAGAGGAUUCAUCAGCAUGCUUAGUCAUUUAUCAUUAUAAAUAUCUUGCUGCGAAUGAAUUGAUAAAUUGGGUUAAAGGAGAGGGGGGGUUAGGACUCAAGCUUAAACCCCUCCUCCCUCAAGAUUAUAUAUCAGUGAUCAUGAUCCUUGAAGAACAAUCUCCUCCACUCGCUUCACUGACGAUUCCAAUCCACCGUGUAUUCUAUCAAUCUACUGAUGCCAUGGGGAAUAUAUUCUAUCAUCUGAUUUUUUUUUAUGAUAUUCUGACUAUCUACUGAGGCCGUGUUCAUUGUUUCCUCAUUUAGUGUGUUCUUAUCGGCUGUGGAUUUUGCCUAUGUUAUGUGCUGAAACCAUGGGGAAUUUUAAUGUCUAUCAAAUUAUAGGCUUGAUGUUUCUUCAUAAUGUGGCAGAAGAAGAAAGAAAACCCUAAAAAAAAUACAUUCACAAGAACCUUGAAGACUUUUUACGUUGACAGAAUGAUCAGUAGGUUAAAUAUAGAAAAAAAAAAAAAAACUCCUCUCAGAGCAUGGGUUCUGCUUAUGUGCUGAAUCCAUGGGGAAUUUCAAUGUCUGUCACUCCUGUCUUCAUAAUGUGGCAGAAGAAGAAAGAAAACACUGAAAAUACAUUGCACAAGAACCUUGAAGACUUUUUAUGUUGACUGAAUGAGCAGUACGUUGGAUAUAGAAAAAAAGAAAAAAGAAAAAAAAAACUCCUUCCAGAGCGUUGAUAUUUAUGAAGAUGAUUUUCGAUGCAAUGGAUGAUUAUUUUGGAAAUUUUGAUUCAUUAAGUUGCUGUUGUUAUGCCGCCGCCCAUCAUAUGGUUCUCGGUUCAUAGUUCCUCAUGUAGUAAUGCUGUACCUAAGUUGACUUCUUCUGUUCAGAUCAUUGAAUGUUCAUUCAGGGUCAACUGGGGUUUCUGUCGCCGUAUUUCGCCGCUAGAUCACAUCGUGUUCUUGGCGUUUUUUCUGGUUCCUGUUUCCUCAUUUAGUAAUGCCGAGCUCAUCGCCUCCAUGUGCAGGCCCUUGCACAGCAAUUCAGCGCCGAUCUCCUCAACGGGGAGCUGGAGAGGACCCGUCUGAACAUAUCGUGCUUCAUGGAGUCUUCUCUCCUGCCGAACCUCGCCCGCGCGCCGCCGCCCAAAGCCGUCAACUCGUUCUCUCGGGGGCCGGUCAACUCCCCAAAGUACCCGCCGGCUGCCUCGCCAGGGGUCUCGCGUCAACGGCGGAGAUGA